AUGACGAUAAACAUCACCAUAAACUUGUGUGGGCACCAUAGUACUAACCACGAGGAAGUCACGAAAGUCUUGCGGGUGCCCACAAGACCGAGAAGCAAACGUCGGUAUGAUUAUAAGAAGAUGAAAUCUCUCAUCUCCUUCAUUGAAAACCUAGGCCUUAGCCCUGAAGAGUUUCAAGAGAAGAUUAGGCAGCUGAGGUACUCAAGAGACUACACUUUCCUGUCCUCUGAUGAACGCGACAACAAUAAUGUUAACGCGGUCAAAGCGGUUGACUUUGGCCUCUAUAGUGCGUUGACAAAAGCUAUCAACUGUGACAUGCGAAGUCACCAAAACGAACAUCAUAAAAAUCUUAAUCAGUUGCAGACAUCAAAAUCUGGCAAAGUUGAAUUUGUAGAACGUCAUAAGAAGGAAAACAGUAAAUGUCCAAGAGGUUUACGUACAUUUGUUCUUCAUGACAAUGACGACGAAGACGACAACGGAGGAGGAGGAUAUGAGGUACCAAGAUGA